AUGGACAGUACUUUCCGCCAGAAACAAGAAGACUUUUGCAAAACGUACGACAAUGCCUCAGUGGUAAAUUUCAUCUUUUCGCUUCUCAUCACAGGGGGGAUCUUUGUCUCCUACUUGCCACAGUACUUUCGUAUCUAUAAGAAGCAGACGUCCGAGGGACUUUCGGUGAGCUUUUUGCUUUUGGGUUCAUGCCUGUCGAUAUUCACUUUUACAAACAUUAUUAUGAUCUCGUCGAGAGCAAGGUACUGCUGCCGUAUUGGCGCCUUGACAUUGUUCAAUUGCAUCAACUCGCAGCUCAAUCUUAUUCAAAUUGGACUCCAAUGUACUUGCGCCAUUAUGAUAUUGGUGCUUGUGAUUGUGUUUACUAGAGGUUCUUUGAAACAGGACAGAGAAGAGUAUAAAAGAAUCAUCCACGUGGGUAGACUCGUGUUGAUUCAUGGUGUUGCUCUGGUAAUCCAAAUCAUCAUUGCCUUCACUACAAACAGGUCGGUGCUACUCUCACUAGCACAAAUCAACGGUCUUAUGUCUACGCUUUUAACGGUCAUCAAAUAUGUGCCCCAAAUUGUCACCACUUACAAACUCAAGCACCCUGGCACUUUGUCCAUUGGCAUGAUGUGUAUCCAGACCCCGGGAGGGUUUAUCUUUACAGCCACUCUCUUUUUCACUAAAGGCUCUCACUGGAGCUCCUGGGUGUCAUAUCUCGUUGCCGCUUUGUUACAGGGCACAUUACUCCUUCUCUGCAUCUACUACGAGUACAUCAAUAAGAUCUCUAGUGAAGAAGAAGAGAGAGCAGUGGAGAGAAUAAUUGAGGAGAAUAGAGGGCAUGAGCAGCCUGAAGAGAAUACUCCUUUGGUUUGA